AUGAGAGAGAGAGAGAAUAACGAGGGUGAUAAUAUUAUCAUUGAUAAGCCUAACAAAUAAUUAAAUGUUAUUAUAAGGCCAAAUAAUAUAUAUAGGAAAUGUUUGUUAUUUGUUUUAUCAAACAAAAUAUUUUCAUUUAGGACUCUUACCAGAAGACACUGAUGAACCCGACAAGCUUGAGUUGCUGGAUGCUGCCAUCCCAAUCCGCUUCAGGCUCGGUCUGGUCACUCGCGGUCGGUCGAGGUGCGCUCACAGCCCGUCCCCGGUAGUCCGUCCAUUUCACUAUGUCACGUAGCGUAGCCUCCUCUCACUCACUGCUUUGGCACGAACUGACACUGUUUAUUUCACGUCCGUUUUCGUUCCUUCUGAAUUCCUGUUCUUGUAGGUGUAACGUUCCAGCGCGCUUUCACUUCUCUCUGUUCCUUUCCCUGGUGGUUCCCUGCGCGCCGUAUGUUGUCGCAUUUACUGUAGCUCCACUCACUGGCAGUAGUGUAAAAAAUAGUCAAGCGACAGGAUCACAGGAACAAGAUCAACUUUCGAUCAUCUUGUCUAAAUGCACAACUAUACACACCAUUAAAGUUUGUCAAAUGUAUCCACUGGAAGGGCGGCAUAUGCUUUCGCCAUGUUGAAUAAAAAAUACACUAUCGUUUCCAUGUGGUGGUGCCACUUCUGGGAUCGAAUAAACACACUAGACUGGGACGGAGCCGCCUUCUUAAAGUGGAAGUAUUCAGUAAACUGAAAUAGACGUCUGAACUCCAGUCAAUCUGAAGCGGAUCUAUUCCUCUGAGCUCUGACCUUUGAUUUCAAUAUGAUGAUGAGGAUGAUGAUGAUGAUGAUGAUGAUGAUGACAGAGUGCGUGAGUGCAGGGCAGGCUGCUGCUGGUUCAGAGGUUCACUCCCAACUGCCAUAAUAAAAUCAAAUAGCCAGAAUAAAAUACAUAUUUGAGGAUGUUUAAUCAGAAUAUAAACAUGAUGACAACUGUAUUCGACUAUAUUGCAUGUAUUCAACUCCAAACCAUAAAGUCCAUUUACACCCUUUAAUCAUAAUAAUAAUAAUAAUAUAAUAAUAUGCCAUUUAGCAGACGCUUUUAUCCAAAGCGACUUACAGUCAUGUGUGCAUACAUUUUUAUGUAUGGGUGGUCCCGGGGAUCGAACCCACUACCCUGGCGUUACAAGCGCCAUGCUCUACCAAUUGAGCUACAGAGACCACAGAUCCAUAGGAGAUUGAUUUCCACAGCCUAAAAAAAUAGUUUUUCUCUAAAGUAUAUAGGCCGUGUUUAAACAGGCAGCCCAAUUCGGAUACUUUUUGCACUAACUGAUCUUUUGACCAAUCAGAUCUGAAAUGUAUAUAUUAUUAAAAGAUCUGACGUGAUUGGUCAAAAGACCAAUUAGUGGAAAGAAUAUCAGAAUUGGGCUGCCUGUGUAAACGCAGCCUUUGUCACCUCACAUAGCAUGCAUGUGUCUGUGUGUGACCACAUAAUUCAUUUUUUAAAAUCUAUUUACCUAGGCAUACUAAAAUGUCUCCCAAGAUUAGGGGAAUGUGUCCAUUUUUGAGUGUAGGACCUAAAAAUACACUGCCUGGAGAAGUGUUUUACAAGAAAACAGUAACAUUUAAGAACCAUCUGGAUAGAUCGUAAACAAAUGGUGCCGAAUUUAGCAGUUGCGAAAGUUCUUUGACAUGAAGAAAUGUUGAGUACCGGAAAUGCACUGUUGGGGUGAAGGAUCAGAUUACAUAAAAUCACAUGAUCGCUCAUCCAGUUGAUCAUGUGACCAAUGGAUAUUUUAAACAACAGCGGAGCAGCAACGUGAAACUACAGAUGGUUUGAUUUAUCUUGCUUCAAUAACACGGAUUAGCUGGCUGCUCUGAAUUCCAUCCGAGGCGAGCGCAAAUUAUGGGGUAUGUUUGCAAAAUAAAAGUGUAUGGAAAGCCUGGUCAUUGGAUUAUUCAGUGCAGUUCUCUCAAUGGUUAUUUGACUAGGCUAGUUACAUAGUUCCUUCUUAUGUAUUGAACAUACUGGAAAAAGACAUGCGCAAACUAGCUAAAGCAGAAAGUUGGACAUUUGAUAAUGCAAAAAGUGUGAGAAUUAAAUUGUGUCGAAACUGAACUAUCACAUUUCUCUGCUUUCUACUCACCCGUGACAGAAUGUUAAAGGAGACGCUGUGUGUCCUUCUCCUGUGGGACUUCCCUGGAGGCAGCGCAGUCAAGGGGCUGCUCGAGUUUCUUCUGCCGGAAAUCUCACCGUGUCAGCGCGCUCUCCAGAGGAUCCGACCCCGGCAAGCCGCUCUUUCUCACCCCCUACCUGGAAAAGGGCAACAUCGAAGAGGGUAGGUUGGUUUACUUUACUCAGAAACGAUAUUUUGGUAUUUUGUUCAUUUGUUUAACUGUUAAUACUGUCCCAAAUGUUGUACAUGGCAGUAGUCAAGUUUCAAAAACUGAUGAUGAUGCGAUAUACAUUUUGCAUCAUCAACACAGUUAGGAUCCCCAUUAGCUGUUGCACUAUGCAGCAGCUACUCUGCCUGGGGUCCAUGCCACAAAACAUGACAUGACAGAGUGCAGAACAGUUCUUACAAUGUUGCUAUGUUAACAUCAUGAAUGGUACAGUAUUACACAGAAGUCUGAUAAAGACUAAUCGUAGUGUUCAGAUUAAACUAGGCUUGAGACAGUUUUUUUCUGUAUAUUUGAAAGCAAUGAUCUCUUCUAUCUUUCAGCACGGAAGCAGAGUCUGGUAGGUCCCCUGCCCUGGUGCCAAUGUGAAGAGUUAUGGUGGCUACCUCACUGUCAACAAGAAAUACAACAGCAACCUCUACUUCUGGUUCUUCCCUGCUCAGGUACUUUUGACCAGGGCCCUUAGGGAAUAGGGUGCAACCCAUAUCAGCUGCAGUGUUCUCCUCCUCAGUUUCACUCGUGACAAGAAUGAAUAGCACGUGUUUAUCUAGCAAUCACCUUUCAUCAGCUCCUGUAAAGGACUAUGUGAAUCAGGGCAGAGUUUUAUUUGGAUUGUACAUUUCAACAUGUUUCAGAAAACUUAACGAAAGACUUAUAGCCCCUUUUAAAGUAAGUACAAAACAAGUCCUUUAUGCUACCCACAUUACCAAGAUCCUAGUAAUAAAACAGUGUUUUUACUUCAUGACUGUGUGUCAAUGACUUAGCCACAAGGUGAAAGUGUUGUAUUAGAAGGUUUUUGGGUUGAGGCCUGUCACUAAGAUAGCUCCAGCAUCCACUAUUAGAUAUCCACUAACUUGUGUCUGUCUCUCUGCAGGAGAGGCCUGAGACCGCUCCAGUCCUGCUGUGGCUGCAGGGGGGUCCAGGGGGCACCUCUAUGUUUGGGCUGUUUGUAGAACAUGGACCCUACGUUGUAUUGAAGAACCUAACAGGUACCAACAUGGCCACAUGUCUCUGUACUGACCCCUGUCUACUGUAUAAUAACAUGUCUCUGUACUGACCCCUGUCUACUGUAUAAUAACAUGUCUACUGUAUAAUAACACGUCUCUGUACUGACCCCUGUCUACUGUAUAAUAACACGUCUCUGUACUGACCCCUGUCUACUGUAUAAUAACACGUCUCUGUACUGACCCCUGUCUACUGUAUAAUAACAUGUCUCUGUACUGACCCCUGUCUACUGUAUAAUAACACGUCUCUGGACUGACCCCUGUCUACUGUAUAAUAACAUGUCUCUGUACUGACCCCUGUCUACUGUAUAAUAACAUGUCUCUGGACUGACCCCUGUCUACUGUAUAAUAACACGUCUCUGGACUGACCCCUGUCUACUGUAUAAUAACACGUCUCUGGACUGACCCCUGUCUACUGUAUAAUAACACGUCUCUGGACUGACCCCUGUCUACUGUAUAAUAACAUGUCUCUGGACUGACCCCUGUCUACUGUAUAAUAACACGUCUCUGUACUGACCCCUGUCUACUGUAUAAUAACAUGUCUCUGUACUGACCCCUGUCUACUGUAUAAUAACAUGUCUCUGGACUGACCCCUGUCUACUGUAUAAUAAAAUGUAUCUGGACUGACCCCUGUCUACUGUAUAAUAACAUGUCUCUGGACUGACCCCUGUCUACUGUAUAAUAACACGUCUCUGGACUGACCCCUGUCUACUGUAUAAUAACAUGUCUCUGUACUGACCCCUGUCUACUGUAUAAUAACAUGUCUACUGUAUAAUAACACGUCUCUGUACUGACCCCUGUCUACUGUAUAAUAACAUGUCUCUGGACUGACCCCUGUCUACUGUAUAAUAACAUGUCUCUGUACUGACCCCUGUCUACUGUAUAAUAACAUGUCUCUGUACUGACCCCUGUCUACUGUAUAAUAACAUGUCUCUGUACUGACCCCUGUCUACUGUAUAAUAACAUGUCUACUGUAUAAUAACAUGUCUACUGUAUAAUAACAUGUCUCUGUACUGACCCCUGUCUACUGUAUAAUAACAUGUCUACUGUAUAAUAACAUGUCUCUGUACUGACCCCUGUCUACUGUAUAAUAACAUGUCUCUGUACUGACCCCUGUCUACUGUAUAAUAACAUGUCUACUGUAUAAUAACAUGUCUACUGUAUAAUAACACGUCUCUGUACUGACCCCUGUCUACUGUAUAAUAACAUGUCUCUGUACUGACCCCUGUCUACUGUAUAAUAACAUGUCUCUGUACUGACCCCUGUCUACUGUAUAAUAACAUGUCUCUGUACUGACCCCCUGUCUACUGUAUAAUAACAUGUCUCUGUACUGACCCCUGUCUACUGUAAUAACAUGUCUACUGUAUAAUAACAUGUCUCUGUACUGACCCCUGUCUACUGUAUAAUAACAUGUCUCUGUACUGACCCCUGUCUACUGUAUAAUAACAUGUCUACUGUAUAAUAACAUGUCUCUGUACUGACCCCUGUCUACUGUAAAAUAACACGUCUCUGUACUGACCCCUGUCUACUGUAUAAUAACAAGUCUCUGGACUGACCCCUGUUUACUGUAUAAUAACAUGUCUACUGUAUAAUAACAUGUCUACUGUAUAAUAACAUGCCUCUGGACUGACCCCUGUCUACUGUAUAAUAACAUGUGUACUGUAUAAUAACACGUCUCUGUACUGACCCCUGUCUACUGUAUAAUAACAUGUGUACUGUAUAAUAACACGUCUCUGGACUGACCCCUGUCUACUGUAUAAUAACAUGUCUACUGUAUAAUAACAUGCCUCUGGACUGACCCCUGUCUACUGUAUAAUAACAUGUGUACUGUAUAAUAACACGUCUCUGGACUGACCCCUGUCUACUGUAUAAUAACAUGUCUACUGUAUAAUAACAUGUCUCUGUACUGACCCCUGUCUACUGUAUAAUAACAUGUCUCUGUACUGACCCCUGUCUACUGUAUAAUAAAAUGUAUCUGGACUGACCCCUGUCUACUGUAUAAUAACAUGUCUCUGGACUGACCCCUGUCUACUGUAUAAUAACAAGUCUCUGUACUGACCCCUGUCUACUGUAUAAUAACAAGUCUCUGGACUGACCCCUGUCUACUGUAAAAUAACAUGUCUCUGUACUGACCCCUGUCUACUGUAUAAUAACAUGUCUCUGUACUGACCCCUGUCUACUGUAUAAUAACAAGUCUCUGGACUGACCCCUGUCUACUGUAUAAUAACAUGUCUACUGUAUAAUAACAUGUCUCUGUACUGACCCCUGUCUACUGUAAAAUAACACGUCUCUGUACUGACCCCUGUCUACUGUAUAAUAACACAUCUCUGUACUGACCCCUGUCUACUGUAUAAUAACAUGUCUACUGUAUAAUAACAUGUCUCUGUACUGACCCCUGUCUACUGUAAAAUAACACGUCUCUGUACUGACCCCUGUCUACUGUAUAAUAACACGUCUCUGGACUGACCCCUGUCUACUGUAUAAUAAUGUCUACUGUAUAAUAACAUGUCUACUGUAUAAUAACAUGCCUCUGGACUGACCCCUGUCUACUGUAUAAUAACAUGUGUACUGUAUAAUAACACGUCUCUGGACUGACCCCUGUCUACUGUAUAAUAACAUGUCUACUGUAUAAUAACACGUCUCUGGACUGACCCCUGUCUACUGUAUAAUAACAUGUCUCUGGACUGACCCCUGUCUACUGUAUAAUAACAUGUCUACUGUAUUGACCCCUGUCUACUGUAUAAUAACAUGUCUCUGUACUGACCCCUGUCUACUGUAUAAUAACACGUCUCUGGACUGACCCCUGUCUACUGUAUAAUAACAUGUGUACUGUAUAAUAACACGUCUCUGGACUGACCCCUGUCUACUGUAUAAUAACAUGUCUACUGUAUAAUAACAUGUCUCUGUACUGACCCCUGUCUACUGUAAAAUAACACGUCUCUGUACUGACCCCUGUCUACUGUAUAAUAACAUGUCUCUGUACUGACCCCUGUCUACUGUAAAAUAACACGUCUCUGUACUGACCCCUGUCUACUGUAUAAUAACAAGUCUCUGGACUGACCCCUGUUUACUGUAUAAUAACAUGUCUACUGUAAAAUAACACGUCUCUGUACUGACCCCUGUCUACUGUAUAAUAACACGUCUCUGGACUGACCCCUGUCUACUGUAUAAUAACAUGUCUACUGUAUAAUAACAUGUCUCUGUACUGACCCCUGUCUACUGUAAAAUAACACGUCUCUGUACUGACCCCUGUCUACUGUAUAAUAACAUGUCUCUGUACUGACCCCUGUCUACUGUAAAAUAACACGUCUCUGUACUGACCCCUGUCUACUGUAUAAUAACAAGUCUCUGGACUGACCCCUGUUUACUGUAUAAUAACAUGUCUACUGUAAAAUAACACGUCUCUGUACUGACCCCUGUCUACUGUAAAAUAACACGUCUCUGUACUGACCCCUGUCUACUGUAAAAUAACACGUCUCUGUACUGACCCCUGUCUACUGUAAAAUAACACGUCUCUGUACUGACCCCUGUCUACUGUAUAAUAACACGUCUCUGUACUGACCCCUGUCUACUGUAUAAUAACAUGUCUCUGUACUGACCCCUGUCUACUGUAUAAUAACAUGUCUCUGUACUGACCCCUGUCUACUGUAUAAUAACACGUCUCUGUACUGACCCCUGUCUACUGUAUAAUAACACGUCUCUGGACCGACCCCUGUCUACUGUAUAAUAACAUGUCUCUGUACUGACCCCUGUCUACUGUAUAAUAACACGUCUCUGGACUGACCCCUGUCUACUGUAUAAUAACAUGUCUACUGUAUAAUAACAUGUCUCUGUACUGACCCCUGUCUACUGUAUAAUAACAUGUCUACUGUAUAAUAACAUGUCUCUGUACUGACCCCUGUCUACUGUAUAAUAACACGUCUCUGUACUGACCCCUGUCUACUGUAUAAUUUUACAUUUUACAUUUACGUAAUUCAUGUCUCUGUACUGACCUCUGUCUACUGUAUAAUAACAUGUCUACUGUAUAAUAAUAUGUCUCUGUACUGACCCCUGUCUACUGUAUAAUAACAUGUCUACUGUAUAAUAACAUGUCUCUGUACUGACCCCUGUCUACUGUAUAAUAACAUGUCUCUGUACUGACCCCUGUCUACUGUAUAAUAACAUGUCUCUGUACUGACCCCUGUCUACUGUAUAAUAACACGUCUCUGUACUGACCCCUGUCUACUGUAUAAUAACAUGUCUCUGUACUGACCCCUGUCUACUGUAUAAUAACAUGUCUCUGUACUGACCCCUGUCUACUGUAUAAUAACAUGUCUCUGUACUGACCCCUGUCUACUGUAUAAUAACAUGUCUCUGUACUGACCCCUGUCUACUGUAUAAUAACAUGUCUCUGUACUGACCCCUGUCUACUGUAUAAUAACACGUCUCUGGACUGACCCCUGUCUACUGUAUAAUAACACGUCUCUGGACUGACCCCUGUCUACUGUAUAAUAACACGUCUCUGUACUGACCCCUGUCUACUGUAUAAUAACACGUCUCUGUACUGAACCCCUGUCUACUGUAUAAUAACAUGUCUCUGUACUGACCCCUGUCUACUGUAUAAUAACAUGUCUCUGUACUGACCCCUGUCUACUGUAUAAUAACAUGUCUCUGUACUGACCCCUGUCUACUGUAUAAUAACAUGUCUACUGUAUAAUAACAUGUCUCUGUACUGACCCCUGUCUACUGUAUAAUAACAUGUCUACUGUAUAAUAACAUGUCUACUGUAUGAUAACAUGUCUCUGUACUGACCCCUGUCUACUGUAUAAUAACAUGUCUACUGUAUAAUAACAUGUCUCUGUACUGACCCCUGUUUACUGUAUAAUAACAUGUCUACUGUAUAAUAACACGUCUCUGGACUGACCCCUGUCUACUGUAUAAUAACAUGUCUACUGUAUAAUAACAUGUCUACUGUAUAAUAACAUGUCUCUGUACUGACCCCUGUCUACUGUAUAAUAACAUGUCUCUGGACUGACCCCUGUCUACUGUAUAAUAACAUGUCUCUGUACUGACCCCUGUCUACUGUAUAAUAACAUGUCUCUGUACUGACCCCUGUCUACUGUAUAAUAACACGUCUCUGGACUGACCCCUGUCUACUGUAUAAUAAUAUGUCUCUGUACUGACCCAUGUCUACUGUAUAAUAACAUGUCUCUUGGACUGGACCCCUGUCUACUGUAUAAUAACACGUCUCUGGACUGACCCGUCUACUGUAUAAUAAUGUCUUACUUGUAUAAUACACGUCUCUGUACUGACCCCUGUCUACUGUAUAAUACAUGUCUCUGUACUGACCCCUGUCUACUGUAUAAUAACAUGUUCUCUGUACUGAAACCCCUGUCUACUGUAUAAUAACACGUCUCUGUACUGACCCCUGUCUACUGUAUAAUAACACGUCUCUGUACUGACCCCUGUCUACUGUAUAAUAAACACGUCUCUGUACUGACCCCUGUCUAACUGUAUAAUAAACGUCUCUGUACUGACCCUGUCUACUGUAUAAUAACAGGUCUCUGUACUGACCCCUGUCUACUGUAUAAUAACAUGUCUCUGUACUGACCCCGUCUACUGUAUAAUACAUGUCUCUGUACUGACCCCUGUCUACUGUAUAAUACAUGUCUCUGUACUGACCCCCUGUCUACUGUAUAAUAAACAUGUCUCUGUACUGACCCCUGUCUACUGUAUAAUAACAUGUUCGGCUGACCCCUGUCUACUGAUAAUAACAUGUCUCUGACUGACCCCUGUCUACUGUAUAAUAACAUGUCUUUACUGACCCCUUCUACUGUAUAAUACAGUCUCUGUACUGACCCCUGUCUACUGUAUAAUAACAGUCUCUGUACUGACCCCUGUCUACUGUAUAAUAACAGUCUCUGUACUGACCCCUGUCUACUGUAUAAUAACAUGUCUCUGGACUGACCCUGUCUACUGUAUAAUAACAUGUCUCUGUACUGACCCCUGUCUACUGUAUAAAUACAUGUCUCUGGACUGACCCCUGUACGUACUUCUACUGUAUAAUAAGACUGUCUCUGGACUGACCCCUGUCUACUGUAUAAUAACAGUCUCUGUACUGACCCCUGUCUACUGUAUAAUAACAUGUCUCUGUACUGACCCCUGUCUACUGUAAAAUAACAUGUCUCUGUACUGACCCCUGUCUACUGUAUAAUAACAUGUCUCUGUACUGACCCCUGUCUACUGUAUAAUAACAUGUCUCUGUACUGACCCCUGUCUACUGUAUAAUAACAUGUCUACUGUAUAAUAACAUGUCUCUGUACUGACCCCUGUCUACUGUAUAAUAACAUGUCUACUGUAUAAUAACAUGUCUCUGUACUGACCCCUGUUUACUGUAUAAUAACAUGUCUACUGUAUAAUAACACGUCUCUGGACUGACCCCUGUCUACUGUAUAAUAACAUGUCUACUGUAUAAUAACACGUCUCUGGACUGACCCCUGUCUACUGUAUAAUAACAUGUCUACUGUAUAAUAACAUGUCUACUGUAUAAUAACAUGUCUCUGUACUGACCCCUGUCUACUGUAUAAUAACAUGUCUCUGUACUGACCCCUGUCUACUGUAAGCUCAGUUGUAGCUCAGUUGGUAGAGCAUGGCGUUUGCAACGCCAGGGUUGUGGGUUCGAUAAAAUAAUGUAUGUGCUAACUGUAAGUCGCUCUGGAUAAGAGCGUCUGCUAAAAAUGACUAAAAUGUAAAAAAAAAAUGUAAAAAAAAAUAACACGUCUCUGUACUGACCCCUGUCUACUGUAUAAUAACAUGUCUCUGUACUGACCCCUGUCUACUGUAUAAUAACAUGUCUCUGGACUGACCCCUGUCUACUGUAUAAUAACAUGUCUCUGUACUGACCCCUGUCUACUGUAUAAUAACAUGUCUCUGGACUGACCCCUGUCUACUGUAUAAUAACAUGUCUACUGUAUAAUAACACGUCUCUGUACUGACCCCUGUCUACUGUAUAAUAACAUGUCUCUGUACUGACCCCUGUCUACUGUAUAAUAACAUGUCUCUGGACUGACCCCUGUCUACUGUAUAAUAACAUGUCUCUGUACUGACCCCUGUCUACUGUAUAAUAACAUGUCUCUGGACUGACCCCUGUCUACUGUAUAAUAACAUGUCUACUGUAUAAUAAGACGUCUCUGGACUGACCCCUGUCUACUGUAUAAUAACAAGUCUCUGUACUGACCCCUGUCUACUGUAUAAUAACACGUCUCUGUACUGACCCCUGUCUACUGUAUAAUAACACGUCUCUGUACUGACCCCUGUCUACUCUGUAGUCCUUCAUCUCUCUCCAUGUAUCUCUGUUUCUACUGUAGCAGUAGUCCUUCAUCUCUCUCCAUGUAUCUCUGUUUCUACUGUAGCAGUAGUCCUUCAUCUCUCUCCAUGUAUCUCUGUUCCUACUGUAGCAGUAGUCCUUCAUCUCUCUCCAUGUAUCUCUGCACCUACUGUAGCAGUAGUCCUUCAUCUCUCUCCAUGUAUAUCUGUUCCUACUGUAGCAGUAGUCCAUCUCUCUCCAUGUAUCUCUGUUUCUACUGUAGCAGUAGUCCUUCAUCUCUCUCCAUGUAUCUCUGUACCUACUGUAGCAGUAGUCCUUCAUCUCUCUCCAUGUAUCUCUGUUCCUACUGUAGUAGUAGUCCAUCUCUCUCCAUGUAUCUCUGCACCUACUGUAGCAGUAGUCCUUCAUCUCUCUCCAUGUAUAUCUGUUCCUACUGUAGCAGUAGUCCAUCUCUCUCCAUGUAUCUCUGUUUCUACUGUAGCUGUAGUCCUUCAUCUCUCUCCAUGUAUCUCUGUUUCUACUGUAGCUGUAGUCCUUCAUCUCUCUCCAUGUAUCUCUGCACCUACUGUAGCAGUAGUCCUUCAUCUCUCUCCAUGUAUCUCUGUACCUACUGUAGCAGUAGUCCUUCAUCUCUCUCCAUGUAUCUCUGUUCCUACUGUAGUAGUAGUCCAUCUCUCUCCAUGUAUCUCUGUUUCUACUGUAGCAGUAGUCCUUCAUCUCUCUCCAUGUAUCUCUGUUUCUACUGUAGCAGUAGUCCUUCAUCUCUCUCUCCAUGUAUCUCUUUGUGUAUUGAUGUGUUAAUUCACCUUUUUACAGUGGGCUACAGAGACUAUCCCUGGACAUCCAGAUACUCUGUUCUGUACAUCGACAAUCCAGUACGUAUGAAUGGCUUCUACUUCCUCACUGAAUGAAUGUACAGUAUGAACACAGUUUGAUUGCAUCCCAUCUGGCACCGUAUUCCCUUUUUAUAGUGCACUACUUUUGACCAGGUCCUCUGGUCAAAAGAAGUGCACUAAAUAGGGAAUAGGGUGCCAUUUAGGACUCAGCCAGAGUGUUACGUCUGUAUCUGACAGGUUUGAUUUGGUGUCUUGGCUGCUUUAAUAGCUUGCUCUACAAAAUGUGUGUAAUGUUACCUAAUAGCAUGUACAGUAUGUGACUAUAAUGUAAUGUUACCUAAUAGCAUGUACAGUAUGUGACUAUAAUGUAAUGUUACCUAAUAGCAUGUACAGUAUGUGACUAUAAUGUAAUGUUACCUAAUAGCAUGUACAGUAUGUGACUAUAAUGUAAUGUUACCUAAUAGCAUGUACAGUAUGUGACUAUAAUGUAAUGUUACCUAAUAGCAUGUACAGUAUGUGACUAUAAUGUAAUGUUACCUAAUAGCAUGUACAGUAUGUGACUAUAAUGUAAUGUUACCUAAUAGCAUGUACAGUAUGUGACUAUAAUGUAAUGUUACCUAAUAGCAUGUACAGUAUGUGACUAUAAUGUAAUGUUACCUAAUAGCAUGUACAGUAUGUGACUAUAAUGUAAUGUUACCUAAUAGCAUGUACAGUAUGUGACUAUAAUGUAAUGUUACCUAAUAGCAUGUACAGUAUGUGACUAUAAUGUAAUGUUACCUAAUAGCAUGUACAGUAUGUGACUAUAAUGUAAUGUUACCUAAUAGCAUGUACAGUAUGUGACUAUAAUGUAAUGUUACCUAAUAGCAUGUACAGUAUGUGACUAUAAUGUAAUGUUACCUAAUAGCAUGUACAGUAUGUGACUAUAAUGUAUGUUACCUAAUAGCAUGUACAGUAUGUGACUUAAUGUAAUGUUACCUAAUAGCAUGUACAGUAUGUGACUAUAAUGUAAUGUUACCUAAUAGCAUGUACAGUAUGUGACUAUAAUGUAAUGUUACCUAAUAGCAUGUACAGUAUGUGACUAUAAUGUAAUGUUACCUAAUAGCAUGUACAGUAUGUGACUAUAAUGUAAUGUUACCUAAUAGCAUGUACAGUAUGUGACUAUAAUGUAAUGUUACCUAAUAGCAUGUACAGUAUGUGACUAUAAUGUAAUGUUACCUAAUAGCAUGUACAGUAUGUGACUAUAAUGUAAUGUUACCUAAUAGCAUGUACAGUAUGUGAUUGUAAUGUCAGCUGUGUGUUUUCUUGUCCAGGUAGGAACAGGGUUCAGUUUCACUGAUGAUGACCGAGGCUUUGCUCAGAACCAGGAUGAUGUGGGUAGAGAUCUGUACAGGUAAGACUGAUCACUGAGGUUCUGGGCACAGUAGGCAGUAUUUACACAGACAAUUGCUCUUUUGACCAAUCAGAUCAGCUCUUUUGCCAAUACUAAUGGUCAAAAUAUCAGAAUUGAGCUGCCUGUGUAAAUGCAGCCUUAUAGAUGCACAGAUUACAAUAUCAUUAUAUCAUAUCGAUGUGGUUCCUGAGAUGGUAAACACUUCUCUAAGCAUUGUGAAGAUCUGAUGAUCUGGAACACGCCCAUGGUCUCUGCUCAGUAUACAUCUAGGACCUUGGUUCUGUCACGUGUGGCACUGAUUGUUUUCUCAUUGUGUCUUUGUUCAGUGCAUUGACUCAGUUCUUCCAGAUCUUCCCUGAGUAUCAGUCCAAUGACUUCUACGCUACAGGAGAGGUGAGUUUGGUGCUGGUCCCCACAUCUGUGUUACACACAACAUUACACUACAUCCUAGUUGGCAAAUUCCCCAAAACCUAGCUAUAAAGACAUCUGCUUUGUAUUCCGUUUUCUGACGUUGAACAAGGUCUUACAAUUGUUAUUUGAGGGUCUUUGCUAUAGAAUAAUAUUUCCACAUAAAAUUGCAAUUACAUUCUGCAAUCAGAAAAACAGACCCUGAAACUGAUUGGAAUUCUCCUCAGUCCUAUGCAGGAAAGUAUGUCCCAGCCAUUGGUUACUACAUCCAUAAACACAACCCCAUUGCUAAGGUGAAGAUCAACUUCAAGGGGGUUGCCAUCGGAGACGGCCUCUGUGACCCAGAGCUGGUGGGUUGUGUUUUAAUAUACCGUUAUUUCAACUUUACUCAGCAUUGUUUGACACUUGUUUGACACUUCUGAUGAAUAUGAAAUAUAUCAGUAAUAUAAUUGAAGAUAUAAUAAUAUAUCUCCAGGAGGAAAAAAAACAAUCUUUCCUUCUUUGUUUGUUCUCCAUUUGCUCUUUCCCUUGGUCUCACUUGUUCUGACUUUCUCUCUCUCUCUUUCACUCUCUCUCUCAGAUGCUGGGAGGGUAUGGAGACUUCCUGUACCAGACAGGUCUGAUAGAUAUGCUCCAGAAGCAGUAUGUUGAGCAGCAGACAGCCAACGGGGUGCAGCUCAUCCAGCAGGAGAAAUGGGUGGAGGCUUUUGAAGUAAGACACUGACUGGGCAUCUGCUGUCGCAAUAACCUGUGUGUUUUUGUUGUCCACUCCACAUAUCUGAAUGUCUUGUCAGUCAUUCUGUCAAGCCCUCCAACCUCCUGGUACAUUCUUCCACUGUCCUCUUGACCUGCAGGUAUUUGACAGCUUGCUGAACGGUGACAUUCUGCCGUACCCCUCGUUCUUCCAGAACGCCACUGGCUGCACCAACUACUUCAACUACUUGCAGUGUCGGGUAGGUACACACAGAGCAAGGCUUACACAGACACCUAACUGUUUGAAUAAAGGUUCUGUUAUAUUACCCAGAGAAGGUAUAUUUCCUGAAGAAAAUUGUCUGCUAACAAGGCUUACACACAGAUGCAUGGUUUAAUUAAAGGUUAGAUACAGCCCUCCUGUAGCUCAGUUGGUAGAGCAUGGUGCUUGCAAUGCCAGGGUUGUGGGUUCGAUUCCCACGUGGGGCCAGUAUGAAAAUUGUAUGCACUCACUAACUGUAAGUCGCUCUGGAUAAGAGCUUCUGCUAAAUGACUAAGAUUUAAAAUAAUUAUGUUGUGGUUCUCUGUGCUAUAGGAGCCUGCAGACCAGGAGUAUUUCUCCCAGUUUGUGACGCUGGCGGAGGUGCGGCGCUCCAUCCACGUGGGGAACCUGACGUUCCACGACGGCUCAGAGGUGGAGAAACACCUGCUGCAGGACGUCAUGAAGAGCAUCAAACCCUGGCUCGCCACACUCAUGGACAACUACAGGGUGAGACUAGAGUCAAUACCCAUAUCCAUCUAGCACCCAAACAUGCUAAGGUCAUAUUAGUAGCACAGCUAUAUAAUAUAUGCCAUUUAGCAGAUGCUUUUAUCCAAAGACACUGAUGCGUGCAUACAUUUUAUGUAUGGGUAGCCCCGGGAAUCGAACCCAUAAUCCUUGCGUUGCAAACGGCAUGCUCUACCAACUGAGCCAUGGUUUAACUUUGGUUCGCAGUAUCGGUUACUAGCUACAGUAUCAGUUACUAGCUACAGUAUCAGUUACUAGCUACAGUAUCGGUUACUAGCUACAGUAUUGGUUACUAGCUACAGUGUCAGUUACUAGCUACAGUAUCGGUUAUUAGCUACAGUAUCGGUUACUAGCUACAGUAUCGGUUACUAGCUACAGUAUCGGUUACUAGCUACAGUAUACCACUAGCUACAGUAUCAGUUACUAGCUACAGUAUCAGUCACUAGCUACAGUAUCGGUUACUAGCUACAGUAUCGGUUACUAGCUACAGUAUAUCACUAACUACAGUAUCAGUUACUAGCUACAGUAUCCGUUACUAGCUACAGUAUACCACUAACUACAGUAUCAGUCACUAACUACAGUAUCAGUCACUAGCUACAGUAUAGGACUAGCUACAGUAUCAGUUACUAGCUACAGUAUCAGUCACUAGCUACAGUAUCAGUUACUAGCUACAGUAUCAGUUACUAGCUACAGUAUCAGUUACUAGCUACAGUAUCAGUCACUAGCUACAGUAUCAGUCACUAGCUACAGUAUAGCACUAACUGCAGUAUCAGUUACUAGCUACAGUAUCAGUCACUAGCUACAGUAUCAGUCACUAGCUACAGUAUAGCACUAACUACAGUACUGUUACUAGCUAUAGUAUAUUUAUAACUACAGUAUCAGUCACUAGCAACAGUAUCAGUUACUAACUACAGUAUCAGUCACUAGCUACAGUAUCAGUCACUAGCUACAGUAUCAGUCACUAGCUACAGUAUCAGUCACUAGCUACAGUGUAGCACUAACUGCAGUAUCAGUUACUAGCUACAGUAUCAGUCACUAGCUACAGUAUCAGUCACUAGCUACAGUAUAGCACUAACUACAGUACUGUUACUAACUACAGUAUAUCACUAACUACAGUAUCAUUCACUAGCUACAGUAUCAGUUACUAACUACAGUAUCAGUCACUAACUACAGUAUCAGUCACUAGCUACAGUAUCAGUCACUAACUACAGUAUCAGUCACUAGCUACAGUAUAUCACUAACUACAGUAUCAGUUACUAGCUACAGUAUAUUACUAACUACAGUAUCAGUCACUAGCUACAGUAUAUCACUAACUACAGUAUCAGUUACUAACGACAGUAUCAGUCACUAGCUACAGUAUAAGUCACUAACUACAGUAUCAGUCACUAGCUACAGUAUAAGUCACUAACUACAGUAUCAGUCACUAGCUACAGUAUAUCACUAACUACAGUAUCAGUUACUAGCUACAGUAUAUUACUAACUACAGUAUCAGUCACUAGCUACAGUAUAUUACUAACUACAGUAUCAGUCACUAGCUACAGUAUAUCACUAACUACAGUAUCAGUCACUAGCUACAGUAUCAGUCACUAGCUACAAUAUAACACUAACUACAGUAUCAGUCACUAGCUACAGUAUAUCACUAACUACAGUAUCAGUCACUAUCUACAGUAUAUCACUAACUACAGUAUCAGUCACUAGCUACAGUAUAUUACUAACUACAGUAUCAGUCACUAGCUACAGUAUAUCACUAACUACAGUAUCAGUCACUAGCUACAGUAUAUCACUAACUACAGUAUCAGUCACUAGCUACAGUAUAUUACUAACUACAGUAUCAGUUACUAGCUACAGUAUAUUACUAACUACAGUAUCAGUCACUAGCUACAGUAUAUUACUAACUACAGUAUCAGUCACUAGCUACAGUAUAUUACUAACUACAGUAUCAGUCACUAGCUACAGUAUAUUACUAACUACAGUAUCAGUCACUAGCUACAGUAUAUCACUAACUACAGUAUCAGUCACUAGCUACAGUAUAUCACUAACUACAGUAUCAGUCACUAGCUACAGUAUAUCACUAACUACAGUAUCAGUCACUAGCUACAGUAUAUCACUAACUACAGUAUCAGUCACUAGCUACAGUAUAAUACUAACUACAGUAUCAGUCACUAGCUACAGUAUAUCACUAGCUACAGUAUCAGUCACUAACUACAGUAUCAGUCACUAGCUACAGUAUAUUACUAACUACAGUAUCAGUCACUAGCUACAGUAUAUCACUAACUACAGUAUCAGUCACUAGCUACAGUAUAUCACUAACUACAGUAUCAGUCACUAGCUACAGUAUAUUACUAACUACAGUAUCAGUCGCUAACUACAGUAUACCACUAACUACAGUAUCAGUCACUAGCUACAGUAUAUCACUAACUACAGUAUCAGUCACUAGCUACAGUAUAUUACUAACUACAGUAUCAGUCGCUAACUACAGUAUAUCACUAACUACAGUAUCAGUCACUAACUACAGUAUCAGUCACUAGCUACAGUAUAUCACUAACUACAGUAUCAUUCACUAGCUACAGUAUAUCACUAACUACAGUAUCAGUUACUAGCUACAAUAUAACACUAACUACAGUAUCAGUCACUAGCUACAGUAUAUUACUAACUACAGUAUCAGUCACUAGCUACAGUAUAUCACUAACUACAGUAUCAGUAACUAGCUACAAUAUAUCACUAACUACAGUAUCAGUCACUAGCUACAGUAUAUCACUAACUACAGUAUCAGUCACUAGCUACAGUAUAUCACUAACUACAGUAUCAGUCACUAGCUACAGUAUAUUACUAACUACAGUAUCAGUCACUAGCUACAGUAUAUCACUAACUACAGUAUCAGUCACUAGCUACAGUAUAUCACUAACUACAGUAUCAGUCACUAGCUACAGUAUAUUACUAACUACAGUAUCAGUCGCUAACUACAGUAUCAGUCACUAGCUACAGUAUAUCACUAACUACAGUAUCAGUCACUAGCUACAGUAUAUUACUAACUACACUGUAGUUAGUAAUAUACUGUAGCUAGUGACUGAUACUGUAGUUAGUGACUGAUACUGUAGUUAGUGACUGAUACUGUAGUUAGUGAUAUACUGUAGUUAGCGACUGAUACUGUAGUUACUACAGUAUCAGUCGCUAACUACAGUAUAUCACUAACUACAGUAUCAGUCACUAACUACAGUAUCAGUCACUAGCUACAGUAUAUCACUAACUACAGUAUCAUUCACUAGCUACAGUAUAUCACUAACUACAGUAUCAGUUACUAGCUACAAUAUAACACUAACUACAGUAUCAGUCACUAGCUACAGUAUAUCACUAACUACAGUAUCAGUCACUAGCUACAGUAUAUCACUAACUACAGUAUCAGUCACUAGCUACAGUAUAUUACUAACUACAGUAUCAGGCACUAGCUACAGUAUAUCACUAACUACAGUAUCAGUAACUAGCUACAGUAUAUAACUAACAACAGUAUCAGUCACUAGCUACAGUAUAUCACUAGCAACAGUAUCAGUCACUAACUACAGUAUCAGUCACUAGCUACAGUAUCAGUCACUAACUACAGUAUCAGUCACUAGCUACAGUAUAUUACUAACUACAGUAUCAGGCACUAGCUACAGUAUAUCACUAACUACAGUAUCAGUCACUAGCUACAGUAUAUCACUAACUACAGUAUCAGUCACUAGCUACAGUAUAUUACUAACUACAGUAUCAGUCACUAGCUACAGUAUCAGUCACUAACUACAGUAUCAGUCACUAGCUACAGUAUAUUACUAACUACAGUAUCAGUCACUAGCUACAGUAUAUCACUAACUACAGUAUCAGUCACUAGCUACAGUAUAUCACUAACUACAGUAUCAGUCACUAGCUACAGUAUAUUACUAACUACAGUAUCAGUCGCUAACUACAGUAUCAGUCACUAGCUACAGUAUAUCACUAACUACAGUAUCAGUCACUAGCUACAGUAUAUAACUAACAACAGUAUCAGUCACUAGCUACAGUAUAUCACUAGCAACAGUAUCAGUCACUAACUACAGUAUCAGUCACUAGCUACAGUAUCAGUCACUAACUACAGUAUCAGUCACUAGCUACAGUAUAUUACUAACUACAGUAUCAGGCACUAGCUACAGUAUAUCACUAACUACAGUAUCAGUCACUAGCUACAGUAUAUCACUAACUACAGUAUCAGUCACUAGCUACAGUAUAUAACUAACAACAGUAUCAGUCACUAGCUACAGUAAAGCACUAGCUACAGUAUCAGUCACUAACUACAGUAUCAGUAACUAGCUACAGUAUAUUACUAACUACAGUAUCAGUCACUAGCUACAGUAUAUUACUAACUACAGUAUCAGUCACUAGCUACAGUAUAUCACUAACUACAGUAUCAGUUACUAGCUACAGUAUAUCACUAACUACAGUAUCAGUCACUAGCUACAGUAUAUCACUAGCUACAGUAUCAGUCACUAACGACAGUAUCAGUCACUAGCUACAGUAUAUUACUAACUACAGUAUAUCACUAACUACAGUAUCAGUUACUAGUUACAGUAUAUUACUAACUACAGUAUCAGUCACUAGCUACAGUAUAUCACUAACUACAGUAUCAGUCACUAGCUACAGUAUAUCACUAACUACAGUAUCAGUCACUAGCUACAGUAUAUCACUAACUACAGUAUCAGUCACUAGCUACAGUAUAUUACUAACUACAGUAUCAGUCACUAACUACAGUAUAUCACUAACUACAGUAUCAGUUACUAGCUACAGUAUAUCACUAACUACAGUAUCAGUCACUAGCUAUAGUAUAUCACUAACUACAGUAUCAGUCACUAGCUACAGUAUAUCACUAACUACAGUAUCAGUCACUAGCUACAGUAUAUCACUAACUACAGUAUCAGUCACUAGCUACAGUAUAUCACUAACUACAGUAUCAGUCACUAGCUACAGUAUAUCACUAACUACAGUAUCAGUCACUAGCUACAGUAUAUCACUAACUACAGUAUCAGUCACUAGCUACAGUAUAUUACUAACUACAGUAUCAGUCACUAACUACAGUAUAUCACUAACUACAGUAUCAGUUGCUAACUACAGUAUAUUACUAACUACAGUAUCAGUCACUAGCUACAGUAUACCACUAACUACAGUAUCAGUCACUAGCUACAGUAUAUCACUAACUACAGUAUCAGUCACUAGCUACAGUAUAUUGCUAGCUACAGUAUCAUUCACUAACUACAGUAUAUUACUAACUACAGUAUCAGUCACUAGCUACAGUAUAUUACUAACUACAGUAUCAGUCACUAGCUACAGUAUAUCACUAACUACAGUAUCAGUCACUAGCUACAGUAUAUCACUAACUACAGUAUCAGUCACUAGCUACAGUAUAUAACUAACUACAGUAUCAGUCACUAGCUACAGUAUAUCACUAACUACAGUAUCAGUCGCUAACUACCGUAUCAGUCGCUAACUACAGUAUAUAUCACUAACUACAGUAUCAGUCACUAACUACAGUAUAUCACUAACUACAGUAUCAGUCGCUAACUACAGUAUCAGUCGCUAACUACAGUAUAUCACUAACUACAGUAUCAGUCACUAGCUACAGUAUAUAACUAACAACAGUAUCAGUCACUAGCUACAGUAUAUUACUAACUACAGUAUCAGUCGCUAACUACAGUAUCAGUUACUAGCUACAGUAUCAGUUGCUAACUACAGUAUCAGUUGCUAACUACAGUAUAUUACUAACUACAGUAUCAGUCGCUAACUCCUCUCCUCAUCUAUUUAGAAAGACUAGUUGAUUGUUUGGACCACUAUACUGUAAUCAUUUAAUAAAUGCCUUAUCUCUUUCUUCUGUACACACACACACACACACACACACACACACACACACACACACACACACACACACACACACACACACAGGUGUUGAUCUACAGUGGUCAGCUGGAUGUGAUUGUGGCGGCCCCACUGACCGAGAGGUUCCUGCCCACGGUGAACUGGACCGGGGCUGAUGAGUUCAACAAAGCCCCUCGCUUCCAUUGGAAGAUCCAGCCAGAGGACACAGAGGUGGCUGGAUACGUACGCCAAGUAGGAGAAUUCUACCAGGUGAGUACUGCAUGUCUGUCCAGGACUUUACUGGGUAUUCAGGGCAUUUGGCCAACCUUUAAAAUGUUAACAUAGCAUAACUAAACAUAAUGUGAGUCAUUUAGCAGUAGCUCUCAUGCAGAGCGCCUUAGUCAGUGCAAUCAACUAAGUUUAGGAGGAAAAAACAACAACCAUGUGACAGUUAUUGCAAGUAGAGUCUUAUUCAAAAUCGCUGUUAUGAGCAGAAUCAGUGCCAGGAAGAUAAGAUCAACUUUAUGGACACCAAGUUUGUAACACAGUGCUCCUGAUGGGCAAACUGAACAUGACCGGGACCAUCCCCUGACCACUGGUUCACGUGCUAAACCUGUCUGACUGUCUGUUUGUCUCCUUGUCAUGCAGGUGAUUAUACGAGGGGGAGGGCACAUACUACCGUACGACCAACCAGAGAGGUCCUUUGAUAUGAUUGACAGAUUCCUCUCAACACAGGGAUUUAUUUGAGUUGGCGGAACUGAGCAGGAACACAGUUGAUCUGAGUUCCUCCACUUUUGAUUAGGUGUGUCUCCAGAUUCCCAGUGGAUGUUUAUUUCAAACACUAUUGAUUAGCAAGUUAGUAACCAUGGAAAGCUAAUUAUAUGUGGUAGAGGUCUAUCACCUAGAAAAUAUUAAAUGUAAUGGAUACAAACGUUUGGACAGCUAAGCUGCCUUCAUCAGGGUUUAAUGACCUCCUAAAUCCUACUUUAACCAUCAGAUUGUGACUGAUCUCUGAUGCACUGCCAAUGAAUUCUCAUGUUUGCUAUUCUGUGGAUCCGUCAAAAUGAAUAUUUUGCUGUUUUUUGACAGUGGGGAAUAAUGAUUUAUGUUGCACAUGAUCAAUAUAUUUUUCAUGAAGAGGUUGGCAUGCAAUGCAAUUGUAAUAAAAAUAAAUGAAACAAACAUGGGCACGUCAACAAGUUCCAUGGAGGAACACCAGAGGGCGCUAGUGUUUGAAAUACUGUAAAUGCCUAGCGGUAUUGUCCCUUGUAAAUGCGACAAAGUUACUCAAAGAAUAUAUAUAAUUUCUCUUAUAAAACUUUAGUAAAAAGUUCCACUAUCCAACUUCAGAUAAUGACUAAGGCCUUUUUAUCUACAUGUCAAUGAAUUCAGUCAUACACGAGCAUGCUGUUUAAUCAAAAAUAACAAUUCAACUAUGAAUAGGCUGCAAUACCUGCCUCUGUUAAGAUAAUAGUAGGUACUACAUUUAACAUUUUAGUCAUUUAGCAGACGCUCUUAUCCAGAGCAACUUACAGUUAGUGCGUGCAUACAUUUUCGUACUACUAAGAGACAACUCCAUAACCUUUACAGACAAUUAUGGCAGCCUGUUUAGAAAGUACUAAACAGUAACAGAUAAACAGGC